AUGGGUUAUAGGCUUAACUUAGGAGAGUGCAGCAGCAGCAACAAAGCGGCCGGUGUAAAACCAACUUCAGUAGAAACGACUCACUAUUCGAUGGAUAAGGUUGAAUUUCCAGCUGUUACGGUCUGUGACUCUGAAAAAGUUUUCUUACCUAGAACCCACGAGAUCACCGAACUAUUAACUCUUCGCGGUUACAACCAGUCCGAUAUUACCGAAUUCUAUAAAAGCUUUAGUGCUGUCACACGCAAAGACUAUGAGCCUGCCGCUCUUGUGAAGAAAAUGCAUUCUGUUCUCGAUGAUCUCGGGUAUUCGUUGAAGAUUUUAUUAAACAUGUUCCAAAGACCAUGUGACGACUUAAUAAUGGAGUGCAAUUGGAGAUCUCAGCCUUACAACUGUUCCCAAAUGUUCAAACCCAUAGCCACUAUAGUUGGUCAUUGUUGCCAAUUUGAUAUUCCGUUUUUCAGAGAAAACACUAAUAUCAACACGAAUUAUAUAUCUGGCAUCGAUACAACCGAGGCUUUGGAUAUUGUGGUGAUGGGUCCAGCUGUUAAGAUUGAUCCAGAUGAAACUGAUGGAUACGCCAUGCUGUACGUGUACGACCGACAAGAUAAAGUGACGUUGAUCGAUAGCUUUAUCAACCUGACUCCGGAGUCGUUCUUCGACGUCAACAUUUACACUUGGGUAAUUGACUCCUCGGAGAAUGUAAAAGCACUGCCGUUAGCUAGCAGGAAAUGUAUUCUGGAAACUGAUAAAGGAAUAGGAAGAGGAUUUUACCAAAGCUGUAUGACGCGGAUGAUUUUGAAAAAAGUCGUCAAUUACUGCAAAUGUUUGCCGUUUGAUUUUAGCUCAAUGGUACAAGUGGACAUCAAGGAAAUCAUAUCUGAGAACGAAUGUUAUCAGCGAUGCGACUACGUGCAGUACGACACUGAAGUCGAAUACGUUAGACACCAGAGACGCUUGAGCAAAGAAAACCAAAGUGCUAGCAGAGUACAAGUCCACUUUGCUCAGAUGACCUGCAUGAAAUACAGGAGAGAAAUACUUUACACCUGGGACCAAAUGUUAGCAAACCUUGGCGGCAUCUUUGGUCUCUGCUUAGGAGGAUCCAUUAUAAGCGUCAUUGAGUUAGUCUGGUUUGUAAUGGAGCUCCUUUUCAAAAUUUUGACUUCAUGGUUCAAGAAACCAGUGGCUCCUCAAGAGAAAAAGCAAGUGUUUAUAGUGUCACAAAAGAACCUCACCACGGCAAAGCCAAUAAGAAAAAUGACGUCUAACGGAAAAUAUAAAUUUAUCAACUAA